GGUCCCUGUCCACAUAAAGGACUGUGGGACUGGGUGAUAAGAGCUGCCCCAGAGGGUAACGGCCCUGAGCCUGGCAGUUAGUUGCCGGCUACGCAGAGACUCAGGUGUUUGGUGGAUGGAGAGCUCUGGUUGGAGAGCAUUCCGAGUGGAAGAAAGGUGGCCGUCAUGAAAACUCUCCGUGUGCAGGGCGCGUGGGUGCCUGGAGACGAAGCUGGAGAGAAAUUUGAAAGGAAAUUUAAGUCUGAGAAGGCAGCAGGCUCGGUGUCCAAGAGCACGCAGUUUGAAUAUGCCUGGUGCCUGGUGCGAAGCAAGUACAACGACGACAUCCGUAAAGGCCUUGGUCUGCUGGAGGAGCUGCUGCCCAAAGGGAGCAAAGAGGAGCAGCGGGAUUACGUCUUCUACCUGGCCGUGGGGAACUACCGGCUCAAGGAAUAUGAAAAGGCCCUGAAGUAUGUGCGAGGGCUGCUGCAGACAGAGCCGCAGAACAACCAGGCCAAAGAACUGGAACGGCUCAUUGACAAGGCCAUGAAGAAAGAUGGACUAGUGGGCAUGGCCAUCGUUGGAGGCAUGGCCCUGGGCGUGGCGGGACUGGCUGGACUCAUCGGACUUGCUGUGUCCAAGUCCAAAUCCUGAAGGAGACGGCAUCCCUGCGUCUGUGCAGGGACACGUGGGAGCCCGUGGAGGACACUGGAAGAGCGGCCCACCCCCCGGCCAUCCCUUUCUUCUCCUGCACCCAUCCCUGUCCUGUGUGGCCGUCACCCUCCUCUCCCCUGAGACCUGUCACCUAUCCCCAAAUCAUGUGCUUGGAGAUGAGUGUAAAUAAAACUGGACUUGGGCUUGGGAA